AUGUCCUCUCCUAUCGCAAGCAAAGUCUCCAAGCUCAACCUCAGCCCUGACUCCAAGCGAGGCACUCCACCCAAGCUCCGCCAGCAGACCCCCCAGAAGAAGACUCCUCCCAAGCUUCAUACCCAGGAUUCCGCCUCUCAGGCUGAAGAACCAAGCGCACCUUCUACCCCCACGCCCAAGGGUAAGGUUAGGCAGCUACAGUCUGAGCAGCGCGCUUCCCCUGCCCCGGUCCCGGAUGACGCUCAGUCCCAGGCAUCUGGAUCGGCAAGUCAGAUUGGAAGACCCGCUUCUGAGCUUGGAGACAAAGCUCAGGAGACUGCGCAAAGUGUGCAAAAUGGCGUCGAAGACCAAGGUGUCGGCCAGAUUGACUUGUCUGUUCUGAAGGGUCUGCAGGUCGGCGAGGAUGGUCUAAUCCAUGAUCAAGAUGGAAAUGCCAUUGGCCGACUCGCGGAAGGCCAGGCUGAAUAUCUCACCGGAUACACUGUCGGUGACAACGGAGAGAUCCUCGAUGAGGAUGGGGAUCUUGUCGGAGUUGCCGAUGUUCUUCCUGAGGCUUUCCAAGAUGCGGUUGACGGCACCCAGGAGGGGGCUCAAGAAACAACCGACCAGGCAACCAAAACCAUCAACAAUAUUGCCGAGCUGGCGGAGCGUCCUGUCUCCGAGUCUGGUGAAAUUAAGGAUGAUGAUGGCAACACCAUCGGCAAGCUUGUUGAGGGCAACCCAGAGGAUUUGGCUGGUUAUGCUCCUGACAAGGAAGGAAACAUUCUUGAUGACGAUGGUGACCUUAUUGGUCGGGUAGAGAUCGCAUCUCAAGCUCAAGAAGCAGCUGAAGCAGAACCCGAAGCAGCAUCCGAAGCAGCACCCGAAGCGAAACCGAUCACCGAUAUUGCGGCCCUGGCUGAUCGUCCUGUGUCGGCAUCUGGCGCUAUCAAAGACGACCAAGGGCAGCCGAUCGGAAAGCUUGUCGAGGGCAAUCCCGAGGAAUUGGCAGGUUAUGCCCCGGACAAGGAAGGAAAUAUCUUGGACGAUGAUGGGGAUCUUAUCGGCCGUGUUGAGAUUGCGUCCCAAGCCCGCCAAGGCGCUGAGAGUGUUGCCAGCUCCCAGGACACUUCAACGGCCGAUGAAGCCAAGGAAUCUGUCGAGGAGGCUGCUGAAGAGGCAGACGAUGAUCUUCCUCCCCUUUCUACCCUGGAGGGCCUCAAGUGCAACAAACUGGGCAAGAUUGUUGAUCGGGAAACCGGUAAGCCUCUGGAUGACAAGGGUCAAUUCUGGGACAACCGCGGCAACGUCAUUGGAAAGGCCAAGACCCUCCCUGUCGAGGAGCAUCCCGAUGAACCGCCCUUUGGUGGAUUGGAGGGCCUCCACGUUGUUGAAGAUGGAUGGGUGGAGGACCAGAACGGCAAGCGUGUCGGUAAGAUCAGCGAGGGCGAUGCUAAGAAGGUCCUUGGUCGUCCUGUUGAUGAAGAUGGGGACGUCUUGGACAAGAAUGGCAACACCAUUGCUAAGGCUGAAUACUACGAGGCCGAAGACGAGCCGGAGCCGGAGCCGGAGGAAGCCCCUGACCUGUCCAGUUUGGAAGGUCUCACCCCCAACAAGCUUGGCUAUGUGAUUGGACCAAAGGGCGUCCCGAUUGGGCGUGUCGUGGAAGGCAAGGUGAAGGAACUUGCCGGCAAGGAGAUCCAUGACGGCCAGAUCUGGGACGGACCGAAGCCAAUUGGACGUGUUGAGCUUAUUCCCCAGGAAGAGCGGGAGAAAUCAGCCGAAGGUCCAUUCGCCGGGUUGGAGAACCUUGUUGUAAACAAGGAGGGUCUCGUCGAAGAUGACGACGGAAAUGUGGUCGGCAAGGUCAUUGAAGGCGACAUCAAGAUCUUGCGUGGACGCGCCGUCGACGAGGACGGAGAGAUCAUUGACAAGUACGGCAACGUCAAGGGCCGUGCAGAGCCAUAUGAAGUGGAAGAGCCACAGGAAGAGGCGCCAGACCUGUCGAUCUUGGAAGGAAAGACGGUCAACAAGGCUGGAAACGUUGUGGAUGCCCAGGGCAACGUCUUCGGACGGAUCACCUCUGGUGACAAGCGCCUUGCUGGACGAAAGGUUGACGGCAAGGGCCAGAUCUGGGGUGAUAACGGCAAAGUGAUUGGCACAGCCGAGCUCAUCCCAGGAGCCGAGGAGCAGAAGCCCGAAGGCGCCUUCUACGGUUUCGAGAAUCCCGUGGUCGGCAAGGACGGCGUGAUCACUGAUGCCUCGGGCCAGGUCAUUGGCCGUAUUGUUGAGGGCGAUGCACAGCGCCUCCAGGGCCGCCAGGUUGAUGAGGAUGGCGACAUCCUGGACAAGAACGGUAAUACCAUUGGCCGCGCUGAGCGCUGGCAGCCCGAGGAGAAGCAGCGUGAUGUUAACCCGAUGUCGGGCCGUAAGGUCAACCGUGAGGGAGAGGUGCGCGAUGCCGAUGGUAACCUCAUUGGCAAGCUGACCUCUGGCAACCUGCCAUCCCUCAUUGGCAAGGAGAUUGAUGAUAACGGAUACGUGGUGGACAAUGAUGGUAACAAGAUCGGGGAAUGCACAUUGAUCGAGAACAUUCCCGAGCCCGAGCCCGAGCCUGAGGAGCCUGAAGAGGAACCUCAGGAGCCAGAGAUCUCGCCUGAGGAGCAGGAAGCCCAGAGGAAGCUAGAGGAGGACAAGCAGUUGGCCAAGAAGAUGAGCGGUAUUGUUGCCCAGACACUAGACCGUAUUCGUCCUGUCUGCAAGAUGAUUUCUGAGCAUAUUGAGAAGGCAGACCGCACGCCCAAGGAUGAGCUUGAUGAGGAGCAGCUGGUCAAGGAUGUUAAGCCGCUCCUCGAAGAGGGCAACCAAAUCUUGCAGGAAUGUAAUGGUGCCAUCCGUGCCCUCGAUCCGGACGGUCAUGUUGCCGCCACGGCCAAGGCCCGUGCUGCUUCUCACGAGGCUUCUUCAGAGGAGUAUGCUUUGGCUGAACAGCUUAAGGAGCUCACUGAUCUGGUUGUCAAGACUAUUGACAAUGGCAAGAAGAGAAUCGCAGGCAUGCCUCAUGCCAAGAAGAAGCUCAACCCUCUGUGGGCACUGCUCAGCGAACCCCUCGGCCAGAUUAUUACCGCCGUUGGCCUGCUGUUGAAUGGUGUCCUCGGACUGGUCGGCCGGUUGCUGCAGGGUCUUGGCCUAGGCCCCCUGGUGAAUGGACUGCUAGGCGGACUGGGACUGGAUAAACUGCUUGGCAGUCUGGGAUUGACUUCCCUGACGGACUCCCUGGGCUUGACUGGAAAGAAGAAAUAA